AUGUCGGCCGGAGCUGUGGUACAAAAAUUAGCAAAACCACAAUUACGUGGACUUUAUGAUAAGAAAACCAAGUUCCACCUUGUCUUUAGUGUUGUACUAUCCAUUGGAGUUGGUGUGGCAUACAAAUAUGGCAUCGGUGAACCUCGUAAGAAGGCUUACGCAGAAUUUUACAAACACUAUGAUGCAGAAAAGGACUUUGAAAGAAUGAGGAAAUUAGGACUUUUCUCAUCUUGCCCUGCCGAUGAUUAA